AUGGGACUUGACAGAUUUAAGGCCAGCCACCUAAUAUUGGCUAAGGCUAUAGGCGUUCGCCUGAUGUUCCUUUUGCACUGCCUCCUAGCCGUAUCUAGGGUAUCAAUGAUUCUAAAUGAAUCGAAGUUUUGGAUUUAUUCCUUGGGAUUUUUACCCGGGAUCCUAGAGGGUAUCCAUGCAGUAUACUUCAGAAAAGGUCUGGAGCACAAGUGGAUCUCUCUUGGUACGCUCUUGUUUAUUUGUCUGGAUAUCGUACCUAUCUGGAUUAUGGAACUGGAUCGGGCAGACAGGUUGCUUUCCAAAAGAUCCGGAACCAGCAGCAUUAAAAUCUCAUCAAAGAACUCGACAAACGGGACAUAUGUGACAACAACUGCAAUGGAGACCAACAGAAAUGAGCCUUUUUAUGGAGACUUUAUACAGUUGGAUAAUGACGUUUUCGUCUUCGCCAUCGAGCAGAGCUUUCUACUCGUCAUGAUCAUUGGGAGAUGGACACUUCCGAAAGGUCAAAUGUCACGUGACAAGCUGUCCAACUUGCUGCUGGUGUUGAUUGGUAAAGCUUGUGACAUGACUGACUUUUUCACGUUGUUCUCACACAAAGCUGUGGUUGAGGACAGAAGUUUUACUUUUGUAGUCCUGGUGGUGUGGAGUAUAAGUGUUUUCCAGUUCCCAAUCUCCUUCACAGAAUACAGGGAUGAGAAUCUCGUCAUUACUGUUCACCGAGACAAACGGUAUAUGCAGAUUAUAGUUAAAACACUGAAUGUAUGCCUCAAAACAGAAAUCUGGAGCAUUGUAGCCUCUAUCCUAAUGCAAGAGUUUCCGUUCUUAGUGUGCCGUUCGUACGCUGUCGGGUCUUUGGGAAUUGUUGACGACACAAUUAUAUUUUUUCUUUUUAAAAACUCGCUGAUAAUAACAAUGUACAUGUAUCGACUGGUGUCUUUGUGUUUGGAGACUGGUCCUUCCGAAGAAAUAAAAGCUGCACUUAUGGAAGUAGACACGGUGUCCUUGGAUGACGUAGAGAACAAGAAGGAUACACUUUGUAUGACGUCAGAAAAACAGACAGUCGUCACUUUGACAGAUUUACAUGAAGACAAGGAAUUAAGAAACUUUCAUUUAAAACAAAAGAAACUUGAUGAAAUCAACUCUAAACAGAAAUUUAAAGUUCUUAACAAAUCAGGGAAUUGCAAACGGACAAACAAGAAGUCCAAAGUCACCCCAGAGAACCCACGGAAUUACAGAAAGACAUGGCAUCAUUUGAGAAGACGGAGCUCACUUUAAAGGUCCAGUGCUCAUCAAUUUAAACAAGAGGCCCAUGGGAUACAUCACUCACCUGAGCACUAAGGCUAGGAAAAAAGCAAAAAUCAGUUCAGUAUUGAAAAGCUUAAAUGCAUAAGUGGCCCUUACCUACCCCUAUAAAAGGGGGGGGGGGGUUAUGAUUUGAACAAAAUUGAAUCUACACUAACU